GCACUUGAACGCGUCAAGAAAUCAGCAAGCUAGCUGCGGCAGCCAGCAGCUCUUUCACUUUACAGUAUUGUUCAUGUCUCAGAGGCUCCGUGUACUUCCGCUGGCUAAAUGCCCGAUAUAAUCAACGCUGUCAUUUAACAGCGUAUUCCCCGAGCAAACAGAGGAUUUAAACACUGGAAGAUGGAGGACUUUGAAAGCAGCGACAAGGGUCGGGUGACAGUGUACUCCAUCCAAGGCUGCCCACACUGCCUGCAGGCUAAAGCCACGUUGGCUCGCUUGGGAGUGCCGUUAUAUGACGUCGACGUCGGGAAGCAUCCAGAGCUACGGGCGAAGGUGAAGGAGCUGACAGGGCGGAGCACGGUCCCUCAGAUCUUUUUUAACAACAUUCAUAUCGGGGGCAACUCUGACUUGCAGAAUUUGGCUCCAGGGGAGCUUGAAAAGCUGGUUACGAUGGUCAAGGAGGAGCCUCUUCCAGCUGAUGCUCCACCGCUACCAGAGAAUAACCAGUCAGAGGAUGCUGCUUGGGACACGGAUCGCGAGUUUGAGUGUGAGAAAGAUGAGCUGGCAGACGUGGUGGGUGACCUUAAGGAUGGCAAUGUGAUUGGCACGAACAGAAGGGGGCUGACUCUAUACAAGAAGAGCUUCUCACAUGACCAACUGCUUACCUGGCUGCAGAAAGAGAAGGGCAUGGCCAAAGCAGAGGCCUUGAACAUUGGUCAGAAAUUGUUGGUGGACAAGUACAUGGUUAGUGUGCGAGGCUGCGGGCAGGCGGAUGCCACUUUUGGAGGUGCCAGCGGGGACACGCUUUACAGGCUGCUGGAGGAUGACCCGCAUUCGGCCCUCAACGCAGGACAGACCGCAACCUGCAGUCCCAUCAAGGCGGCGGAGCUCUCCCUGUAUUUGCGUGAGCUGAUUCUCAAGUUGUUCUCAGAUCAUCUCUCUGCUGAUGGCAAGUCUGUGGACUACAAAGGCAUGUCAGCAAGUCCUGCGUUUGAGCGCUACUGUGAGCUGGCCAUUCAGCUGCAGAGAGUGGAGCUGCUGUCGCUGUCCCGAGAGGAGAAGCUGGCCUUCUUCAUCAACAUCUACAAUGCUUUGGUCAUCCAUGGAUACCUGCGCUUGGGGGCCCCCACCAACAUGUGGCAGAGAUACAGAUUCUUCAACUACGUCAGCUACCUGAUCGGAGGAGAAGUGUUCACCUUGCAGGAUAUUGAGAACGGCGUCCUGAGAGGGAACAGGAAGGGCGUGGCACAGCUCAGAAGACCCUUCUCCAAAACAGACCCCCGACUACAGGUGGCGCUACCGGAUGCUGAACCACUGAUUCACUUCGCCUUGAACUGCGGUGCGAAAGGCUGCCCCCCCAUUAAGACCUACACACCACAGGACAUUGACGGCCAGUUGCGCACAGCAGCUGAAGCCUUCUUGGAGAAUGAUGACGCCUGUGUCGUGGAUUUCGGGAAAAAAGAAGUUCGACUCAGUCAGAUCUUCAAGUGGUACAAGGCUGACUUUGGAGGCACUGAUGAGAAGCUGCUGAAGUGGGUGCUGGAGCACAUGAGUGACUCCCCCAAGAAGACCAGCUUGCAGGGGGUCAUCUCUGCCGGGAAGACCAAAGUAACCUUCCUCCCGUACGACUGGAGCUCCAACAGCAGCCACUGAAGACGUGCACUCGUCUGCUUCUCUAAGUUGGAUACUUUUAUGCAAAAAAAAAAAACCAACAACAACAAAUCUUACUGGUGGGAGGGAGACAGUUUGCACUUUACCGUCUAAUUGUACUACUCUUAAAAACUAUUUUUCAGGUGUUUCUGAACAAACGUUGUUCUGCAGCAAUAUGAGUCAGAGAGCAGCAUGCACAUGAAGCGUCUUUUUCAACUUGUUAAAAAAAAAUAAUCUGCGUGUUUUCUAAUAAUGAGCAACUCAGGAGGUUUCCAUAAUCUUAAAUGCACAAUUCAACACAUUAUUCAUUUCCUUGAGAAUCAAUAAAGUGUCUCUUUAUCUUU